AUCCCUCUCACCUAUUGCUCUGCCUUCUCCUUCCCUGCCUUCUCCAGCCCAUUGCCUCCGCCGCCUCAACGCCUCAACAUCGUUGGUUUUUAUCUCUUUUGGAAACAUCUGCACAAAUAUCUCCAUCAACUUUGUAACAUAUCUUCUCAAUUCACUCUAUGUAGUCUAAUAUCUUAGCUCAGCAAAUUUCCUGCAACUUGAUUUAUUCACGUGGUUCUCUUCAAUUUUCGCUUGGCUUUUCUACAAGAAUCCUCAUCAGGGGGAGCUUGAGGAGUUUGCCUCUAAGAUCGCGUCUUCAAAGAAGUUUGGAUUACAUCUCUGUGGUCAGAUUCCUACCAAAGUUUGAAAAGCUAUACUAAAAAUUGCUAGGCAUGGGGACUGUAGAAGAAGUCAGUGGAAAUACUAAGUCUGGACUUUCUGUUAAAUCUGGUGUACUAGCCAAAAUUCCGGCUGUUGCGCAUCCACUGGCCAAAGAACCAGCCGAGAUUGCAUCCAGCAUCAAUUACCAUGCCCAAUACAAUCCUCAUUUUUCCCUUUUCAAAUUUGAGCGAGAGCAAGCAUUCUAUGCAACAGCAGAGAGUGUCUGCAAUCGUCCGAUUCAAGAACAAAUGAUACAGUUGAGGCGAGAUAAUCUUUCAGAUAAAAUAACUGAUAAGGAUAUCUUAGAGAAGGUUCUUGGACGACAAUUUGUCCGCUUGUUUGGUUGGAGGUGAUCUCCUAGUACUUACGGGACAACAUGCACUAGUGAGGAGUCUAGUCGUCCAACUUACAAUCAAUUGGUUGAAGAUUUGAACCAGUACAAGUCUCUUUUUCGAGAGCUUUAGGGAGAUGUAAAUAUGCCGCAACAAGUGUUGAUUGAGAAAAAUAUUAGGUCUCAUUCGUCUACUCCACAUGUACCAUCGGAUCAUAGUUUAAGACAAUCUCGCCUCAGCCCUUCCUCCCAUUCUAAUGAACAAGAGUUUGGUGAGGAGAUUUAAUAAUUUAUUUUAUGCUUUUUUUUUUCAUAUAUGCUUGAACUUUUUAAGUGACUAUGAUUUUAUGUUUAUUUUGUGACUUUAUGACUUUUUUGGUGCAUAUAUGUUUGAAUCAUAUUGUAAUAGAUGUUGCAACAAUUGAAAUUUUAAAUAUAAAAUUUUAGUUGUCCACACAUAAUAUGUUUUUUAGCCACACAUGGAAAUUAUUCUCUCAUAUAAAAAUUAUUUUUUAUAUUAUUGUCCACAUAUAAUAUGUUUAUUACUCACAUUA